AUGUGGUUGCACGGUGGUGUUUUACACCUGCUAGCCAACAUGCUCAGCCUCUUAAUCAUCGGCAUUCGGCUCGAGCGGGAAUUCGGGUUUGCGCGCAUUGGUUUCCUUUACCUUGUCUCGGGAUUUGGUGGUAGUUUGCUGUCGGCUCUUUUUAUCCAAUCGAAUAUAUCGGUUGGUGCUUCGGGUGCCCUUUUCGGGCUCUUGGGAGGAAUGCUCUCGGAGCUUAUUACUAAUUGGUCGAUAUACGCUAACAAGGUGGCAGCUUUAUUGACGCUUGUGGUGAUUAUUUCCAUCAACCUUGCGGUUGGAAUCCUCCCGCACGUCGACAAUUUCGCACACAUUGGAGGGUUCUUGUCGGGUUUUCUUCUAGGCUUUGUUUUCUUGAUGCGCCCGCAAUUUGGAUGGGUUAGCCAGAGAUAUAACCCAUCCGAAUACCCGUCAUCCUCGGCUAGCCCAAAGUUCAAGACGUACCAACGUGUACUUUGGGUGCUCUCGUUUGUUCUCCUCAUAUUCGGGUAUGCGUUAACCACCGGACUUGUCUUGCUUCUACGUGGGGAGGACCUAAACGACCAUUGCCCGUGGUGCCAUUAUUUAAGCUGCGUCCCGACUUCACGGUGGAGCUGCAACACGCAGCCCGUCUCCUGUCAGGCAGAGCAAACGGGGAGCCAAUACACUAUAACGUGCUCUAACAGCACCAAGAGCCGGUCAUAUUAUUCGCUCGUUAGCCUGACCACUAGGCAGAUUCAGGGAUUGUGUCUAGAGCUAUGUCGAUAG